ACCAAGGACUGUUUUGUUUCGCGCAGUCGUCGAAAAGCAGCGCUGUGACCGUUAAUGUCUUUUUUCGUUGGAGAAUCGUUGAACACGGAUUUUUGAACCGAACACUACCGAAUCAGUAAUGGGUGCCGGUUCGAGCACCGAGGCCGAGAGGGAGCCGCUUCUCGUUCCGUCUUACACCGGGACUAACAGCCCGGUAAACAGCAGAGUGUACCGGAGAAGAUGGCUGGUUCUGACCCUCUUCUCUCUCCUGGGACUAAUGCAGGGGAUGAUUUGGAACUUUUGGGGUCCAAUUCAGAACUCGGCCGUCCUGGCCUACGGAUUCUCUAAUUCGGAGAUCGCCGUUCUGGUGCUCUGGGGCCCGGUGGGUUUCGUCCCCUGGUUGUUGUUUAUGUGGUUAAUGGACAAAAAAGGGUUGCGGGUUUCUCUCCUUCUGUCUGCGUUCCUCAUGUUGUUGGGAGCAGGUCUGCGGAGCGUCCCACUGCCAGAUCUGCACCUCAGACGAUGGCUGAUACACGGAGGCCAGCUCCUCAAUGGGUUGGCCGGGCCGACAACCAUGAGCGCAGGCCCCUACCUCUCCACCACUUGGUUUGCUCCUGACCAAAGAGCCACGGCCACGGCCGUCGCCUCGCUCUUCUGUUACCUGGGAGGCGCCGCCUCGUUCCUCGUGGGGCCUCUUGUUGUUCCGGCUCCCAAUGUGUCCCAGACGGUGAACGGCGUGGCAGCGGCGGUCUCUGACAACUCCAUCCAAGACAGGAUCCAGCUGAUUUUGUAUGCAGAACUGGCUGCCGUUGGGGUGCUUUUCACAGCAAUCUUCUUCUUCUUCCCAUCAUGGCCCCCGAUCCCCCCAAGUGUGGCGGCUGCAAGCCAGAGACUGAGUUACAGGAGCAGCAUCUGCAGACUUCUGAGCAACCUGCGGUUCCUGAUGGUCGCUCUGGCGUAUGCUGUCCCGACGGGAGUGAUCGCCGGCUGGACGGGAGUCCUUGAUAUGGUUCUUACCCCAGCUAAAGUCAGCCAGGUGGAUGCCGGCUGGAUUGGCUUCUGGUCAACUAUUGGUGGAUGUGUGUUUGGAGUGGCAAUGGCUAGAUUUGCGGACUCCAUCCGUGGGAUGCUGAAGCUGAUUUUGGUGCUGAUGCUGGCAGGGGCCUCGCUGUCAUCCACCUGGUUCACCCUCACCUGCUUGAGUUCGGUGACCCACCUCCCCUCCACAUCAGCCAUCCUCUACACUUCAUGCAUCCUUACUGGCAUCUUUAUAAACAGCAGUGUGCCAAUAUUCUUCGAGCUCCUCAUUGAGACAGUAUACCCGGUCCCUGAAGGCAUCACUUGUGGAGUGGUCACUUUUCUGGGAAACCUGUUCACUGGGCUGCUCCUCUUCUUCCUCACCUUUUACUGCACAGAUGUGACGUGGUUGAACUGGUGUCUAACUGGCUCCUGCAUCUUCAGCCUCACCCUCAUCCUCUUCUUCAGGGAGUCCUACGAUCGUCUCUACCUUGACGUCUUUGUUUCUGUGUGACACUGCUGUGGACACACAAAAAAAUAAUAGAGGAAAACAUGGAAAUGAAGGGAAAACCAUUCUGUUAUAUUAUGGGAUGUUAAUAAGUCUGGAUGGUUAUUUAUCAAGGAAGCACAGAAGAACCUUUGUUUACUCUUAGUGCGUGUUCAUCUCUAAGCCUUGUGUUAACCUGAUGUUACCUCUUUUUAUCCUUUUUUUUUUUUUGAUUGUUUGUAUAUGAAGAGGUUUUUGUGACAGAUUUCCUGUUCUUAAGCAGACCCAGCAUGCCACUGUUUUCUAGUGGGUGACGUCAAACCUAAAGUUGCGCUCGGCGAUCCUUUGAAGCCGCCUGCCUCCGCUUGCCCCGCCUCUCCAAACAGCGGGACGCAGCCUUGAAAAGCUCACAGGCCGGACGCCACACAGACUCCACAUCAAGCGCCUGUCCCCGUCAGGAGGCGGGGACAAUGGCACCCUUUCAUCAGCCAAUCAGAAGCCUGGCUGUGCUGAGUCAGGUAAAACAAAAGGGACAAAGACUUGAAGAGUGUGAAGAGGCCUGUGAUAUUGCCUGUCAUCGCAAGGCAGUUACAUAGAUUAGGUUUUAUUGCCCCAUAAAGAUGAAAAUUAUGCAAAAUAAUCCAGCAGAUAGAUGAUUGGAUGCCAGCCAAAGACACAGGCUGUGGCUCGACACGGCCGCACUUUUCAUACGUUCCUCAUUUCUCGUCCUAUUUAAAACCCAAACGGUUGUCUUUGAUAGUUCAUGUGUUUUGUAAAGUUGGAAGUCAUUUGUUUUCCUCGUCAGUCGUGCUAUUUAUUUGGAAAUCCCUCAACACUAACGGUUAUCAGCCAUUUGUUUUUUUUUUUUAAAGAAGCCGUACGUUAGGUGACCUUUUUUCGAAACGCAUAAACCACACGGAGCGCCAGGUCUAUCCCCCACAGCACUAAUAAGGUAUUUUUGUACCAACUUAUUCUGAUUUCUAGGAAAGUUGUUAGACAUUUCAUGGAUUCUAUGACGAAAUAAGCUGUAAGUCUUACAAAAGGAAUUGCGCUCUAAAGUUAAAUGCUAACAUUUGUCCAGCACAGCAGCUGCAAGAGACAUUUUUAUGGGUUUUGUCUGAAGAGAAGAGGCUGGAUAACGAGGAUCUGGUGCUCGUUUUGUUUUCCUCUUGUAUAGAAAAGGUAAAUGUAAAGCCUUAAUUAGAUGGAGUGUGAUCCGUCUCCCUCUCCUUCACACUGUGAUCAUUUUAUCUGUUGACAUUUUGAUGGUUUCCUGCGGCGCUCAGUCUGGCUGCACUGUGGUGUCCCGGGUUCUGGAAUUAAAUGUUCAUGUUUUGUGAAAAAAGGACAAGCAUAGCUUCGGCAUAUUUCCAAGCACCUUAUUAAACUGAUCAUUUUAUGAAUAACUUUUUGGUUUUGUGUUCUCUUUUGUUUUCUUGUUGAUAUGCUAAUGUUUAAUUUUUUGAAAUGGCUUUUAAGGAACUUUCUCUGUUCUGAACUUUGCCGUUUUUUUUUCUUCUGUUUUGUUUGUCAAUUUCUUUCUACAGAAGCUGUAAUUAAGGGUUUUUCCCCCCACCAGAAUAAUGCAAACCCAUUUUAGGUAAAAUAUUUUCAAAACAUUAAGCUUUCUAAAUAGUCUAUGAAUAUUUUAGUUGGUUAAACAUUGGUUUGUAUUCUUUUUUUCCUCGAUGUAUGAUGAUGCAAUUAAAUUACAUCCGUGUGAUUCUUUUG